CUUGAAUUGGUACCUUUUCUGUCUUUUUAUUUUUGCAUAGGAACCUGGCUGCUGUAUCUGCCAUGUACCUGGAGCAUCAGUUUGGCAGCUGAACCAGGCUGUUUUCCAGACUGGUACAUGUUAUCCCUCUUUGGCACUGGAGCUGUUCUGAUGCGUGGAGCAGGCUGUACUAUUAAUGACAUGUGGGACCGGGAUUACGAUAAAAAGGUUACAAGAACAGCAAACCGCCCAAUAGCUGCUGGAGACAUUUCAACUUUUCAGUCCUUCGUUUUUCUUGGGGGACAGCUGACCCUGGCACUGGGUGUUCUUCUGUGUCUGAAUUACUACAGUAUAGCUCUUGGAGCAGCAUCCCUACUUCUUGUUAUCACCUACCCACUAAUGAAAAGGAUUACAUACUGGCCUCAAUUAGUCUUGGGGUUCACUUUUAAUUGGGGAGCGUUACUUGGAUGGUCUGCUGUCAAGGGCUCCUGUGAUCCAUCUGUUUGCCUACCUCUUUAUUUUUCUGGAAUUAUGUGGACUCUAAUAUAUGAUACUAUCUAUGCCCAUCAGGACAAGAGAGAUGAUGUGAUGAUUGGCGUUAAGUCUACGGCACUGAGGUUUCGUGAAAACACAAAGCAGUGGCUUAGUGGCUUCAGUUUAGCGAUGCUGGGGGCGCUAAGCCUGGUGGGAGUGAACACUGGUCAGACCACACCCUACUACGCUGCUCUGGCUGCUGUUGCAGCCCAUCUGACUCACCAGAUUUACACUCUAGACAUCCACAGACCUGAGGAUUGUUGGGAUAAAUUUGCCUCCAACCGAACAAUAGGACUAAUAGUUUUUUUAGGGAUUGUCCUCGGGAACUUGUGGAAAGAAAAGAAGACAGAUGAAACAAAGAAAAAUAUAGAUAGUAGAAUAGAAAAAUAGCAAAUUAAGUUUAUCUAGGAAUUUUUUUUUUUUUUAAAUAUA